GCCGUUCAGACUUGAGAGCGCUAUGGCCAUCGAGGAGACGUCGGCGCUGUUGGCAGCGGACGGCGAGCAUGACCAUCCCACGCUGCACACGUACAACGUGGCCGAGGUGAUCCCGACUCUGCCGCUGGAGACACGGUGGCCGCCCUUCGCGCACCGCCGGUACCGUGGGUUCUGGGUGCCCGAGAGGUUCCUGCCGGCGCUAGCGGCCUUCUACGACCACUUCGAGCCGGCGCCAGGCGACGUGCUCGUGGUCACCUGCCCCAAGUCCGGCACCACGUGGCUCAAGGCCCUCGCCUUUGCCACCGUGCACCGCGGCGCGCACCCGCCAUGGUCUGCCGACCACCCGCUCCUGGUCCGCAACCCGCACGGUUGCGUCAGAUUCCUGGAAGGCGUCUUCUUCGGCCGCUCCGUUGAGGAGGUGCGCGACGUCCUCGCCGCGGCGUGCCCAUCCCCGCCGCGCGUCCUCGCCACACACUGGGCCUACUCUCAGCUGCCGGAGCGCGUCACCCGCGUUAGCCGGAUCGUGUACAUCUGCCGGGACCCCAAGGACGUGCUGGUGUC